UAAAAGUCGAAGAUUCAAAAACUUGUGAUGUUGAUCCACAGUUACACCAUGGCAUUCAAUUAUCAAAGACUUUUAUGUGCUACCGAGUCGGAUUUCAGAUCUCGUUUCCGAUUAAUCACCCAUCCUGAACGCUGAUCUUGAUUUUGGGUGCCGGAUAUCCCAUGUACGGGAAUAGUGGGUGCAGUUUCCGUCUAAAAAUUCAGAAUUAUUUUCUCUCUGCGACCUCGAUUUUCCCUUCACCCGCCGGAGAUCCGCCGCCGCCAGGCCAGAGUUUGACGCCGACGGCCCGUCAGUACCAGCCAUCGAUCCUUCAGGUCUUGAACUCAGAAAGAUGCGUAGAAGGCCUGAACCUGCGCGCGAAUCAUUGCUCACGAGGGCAGUGAAUAUGGUUUUUUCAUUUGUGAGAUUGGCAGAGUUUGAGAUUCUGUUCGUUUUGUUCUUUGUAAUUGCGUUCAUCAUUUUCAAAGAUCUUACUUCACGGCCUGAAUACAACGAUAUUUUCGUCAAGAAGCCUGAGGGAGAAUUCUGGUCCUUUUAGGAGGAUGUUAGUUCUUGUUGCGAAUGUAAAGAAAACAUCUUUGGUACAUGCAUGAUUAUGCUAAAGCUUGUUGAGAGCAGGACACUCCAUGCUAUGUUGCGGAUCGUCUUAUAUGAGGGCCUACAACAUCUUUUUAUUGUAUAAGUUUCCUUGUGAUUGGGUCCUUUCCUGUCUGUACACUAGUGCUAUAUUUGUGGUCAGCAUAUUUUUGUAUGCUAAGCAACAACACUUGAUUUAAGCUGCCCUGGGUGAUGUUGGCGCACCGGCUUGGGUCAGCAGCUGGUAUUCAGUGGUAGCUGGUUCGGAUGGCAUGGGCGCCAUGCUCCUUGUGCUGCAAAUGGGACGUACCAAUGCAUUAGUUUAUGUGCAACAUUGGUGUAUCCUCAUGCACCGAUGUAGCCGUAGACCUAAAAUGUCAUGUUUUUGGAGCUGGAAUUUUGUAAGCUUAAACAUUUCCGGCUGGCUAUGCUAAGAGUUGUUUAAGAUGUCUCUCACGAAUAUAUGAUGAUUCAAUCUUGUUGGACGAUAGUUAAAGUUUAAAAAUUUUUCACUUGCAUUGACAUUA